AUGGCCGCGGUGGUCGAGAGGAUGUUCCUGGACGACCUUGGCGCGCGCCGCCGCGCCCCUCCGGCCUCUCGGGGAGCGCGGGGCAGCUUCAAGGCCUGCAGCGUGGCGGGCUCCUGGGUGUGCCCGCGGCCCCUGGGGCGCAGCGACUCCGAGAACACGUACGAGACCAUCGAGGACGUGCGCGGACCGCCGCGGGAGGAGCGCCCGGAGCAGGUGGAUGAAACCCCAGAGCCCGUGUACGCGAACAUAGAGAGACAGCCUCUGGCCACUUCACCUGUCGCCGCCGCGGCCCCCGGACCCGGCCAGGUGUGGGAGACACACACAGACGCGGACACCGGGCGGCCCUACUACUACAACCCAGACACGGGCGUGACCACCUGGGACUCGCCCUUCGAGGCUGCGGAAGACGCCACCAGCCCGGCCCACUCCCUGUCCUCGGUGGGCAGCCACGAGAGCCUCGAGACUGAGUGGGGUCAGUACUGGGAUGAGGAGAGCCGCAGGGUGUUCUUCUACAACCCGGUGACGGGCGACAAGAUCUGGGAGGAGGAGGCCCAAGAGCUCGAGGAGGAGGAGGAGGAGGACGACGACAACGACAACACAUUGAAGAUGCAGCCAGGCCUGAGCCCAGGCAGCCCCAAGGACCAGAGGCCUCCCACCCCUGAGACGGACUACCCUGAGGUACUGACCAGUUACCCCGAGGAGGACUAUUGCUCUUCGGGCUCCUGCAGUGAGCCCGGGCCGGCCUCUCCUUUUGUCACGCCUCCCGGCUGGUCAUGCCACGUGGACCCGGAGGGGCAGACACUCUACACCAACCAGUUUACCCAAGAGCAGUGGGUGAAGCUGGAGGACCAACAUGGGAAGCCCUACUUCUACAACCCCAAAGACUCCUCUGUUCGGUGGGAUCUGCCCCAGAUCCCAAUUCCUGCCCCUCGAAGCAUCCUCAAAUCCAGCCAAGACAGUGAGACCCCAGCCCAGGCCAGCCCUCCGGAGGAGAAGAUCAAGACCCUGGACAAGGCAGGCGUGCUCCAUCGCACCAAGACAGUGGACAAGGGAAAGCGGGUCCGGAAGAAGCACUGGAGUACCUCCUGGACAGUGCUGGAGGGCGGCAUCCUGACAUUCUUCAAGGACUCGAAGACCUCAGCUGCAGUUGGCCUGAGGCAGCCUCCUAAGCUCUCUACCCCCGAGUACACAGUCGAUCUGAAGGGGGCCUCUCUUGCCUGGGCCCCCAAAGACAAAUCCAGCAAGAAGAAUGUGCUGGAGCUGCGGAGCCAUGAUGGCUCAGAGUACCUAAUCCAGCACGACUCGGAGGCCAUCAUCAGCACCUGGCACAAGGCCAUUGCCCAGGGCAUCCAGGAACUGUCUGCAGACCUGCCCCCGGAGGAGGAAAGCGAGCACAGCAGUGUGGACUUCGGGUCCAGCGAGCGCCUGGGAAGCUGGCGGGAGGAUGAGGCACGGCCUGGAGCAGCCGCUCCUGUCCUGAGCCCUGGGGUCCAGGAGAGCGACUUGAGCAAGGUCCGGCAGAAGCUCCUCAAGUUCCUACUCAAGAGGCCCACGCUGCAGUCGCUGCGGGAGAAGGGCUACAUCAAAGACCAGGUGUUCGGCUGCGCGCUGGCCACGCUGUGUGAGCGCGAGAGGAGCCCGGUGCCGCGCUUCGUGCAGCAGUGCAUCCGCGCCGUCGAGGCCCGCGGGCUGGACAUCGACGGGCUGUACCGCAUCAGUGGAAACCUGGCCACCAUCCAGAAGCUGCGCUACAAGGUGGACCACGAUGAGCGCCUGGACCUGGAGGACGGACGCUGGGAGGACGUUCACGUGAUCACCGGCGCCCUGAAGCUCUUCUUCCGAGAGCUGCCGGAGCCCCUCUUCCACUUCUCGCACUUCCGCCAGUUCAUCGCCGCCAUCAAGACCAAGUCCCCAGAGGAGGCCCCCUUUUGGGCCCCCCCAAGUGGCCCCCACUCUCCGCCCCCCUACGGCGACACCCAUAGCGGCUUCUUCUUUCAGAACCUGUGCCGGGUGAUUGAGUACGGCGAACAGAACGCAUGUCCCGUGCAGAGCGUGGCCAUAGUGUUCGGGCCCACGCUGCUGCGGCCGGAGACGGAGGAAGCCAGCAUGCCCAUGACCAUGGUGUUCCAGAACCAGGUUGUGGAGCUCAUCUUGCAGCAGUGCUCCGACAUCUUCCCGCCGCACUGACCCCCUGCGGGCGCUGAGGACUGGCACUGGCGUUGGCCACGUGUGUCCUGCCACGCGGCUAGACUCGAUUUCUGAAACCCUCCACUUCCCCCCGGUCCACAGGCCGCGGGGAAUUCUGCGCCCCUCAGUUCUGAGGGUAUGGUGACCCUGGGUGGGUAGCUCACAAUAUGUGAUUUUCCCCUCGCCUGUCCUGUUUUGGGGUUAGUUGGGUUCUGUUCUUUAUUACAGCGCCACCUCCUGUGUGUGCGCGGGCGCGCACACGAGAAUGUCGUGGGGGGCGGGGGCGGGGCGGUGAGGGUUGUUUUCCGGGACGCCCAAGCCCCUUGUUGCAGGAGUAAUUUGGGUGAGGGGCUUCCUGGCUUCUGCAGGCUUGAGGCCUUAACAGAGACCCUGUGGGCUGGCACUGUGCCCGUCACGAAGCACCUUCCCUGCUGCCGGAACAGGACUGACCCGGGCCUCCAGCGCGGGCAGCUGAACCUGCCUUCCCUCAGGCGCCAGGAAGGAACUGCUGCCCAGCCCUCCCACUGGCUGGCUGUGGACAGUUUUCACCAGCUUUCUUGUUUGCGGUUCCGGGAUUCUGCCCUCCUUGACCCACUUAUGUUCUGUGCCAGGGGUCUUCCCCUUGGGUACAUGUGUGCCUGGCACCUGCCACCUGACACGCACCAUUUCCACACACAACCCCACUUUACAGAUGAGAAAACCGAGGCUUGCAGAGGCAAAGUGACUUGUUCAGGGUCCAGUGGGUGAUCUGACUCCCCAGCUCAAGCUCCCCUUAUACCAAAGCACAGCCUCGUGGUGGGGUAAAAUCAAUCCUUUGAGCUACCCCCUAACCGCAGCAUGGACUGAUGGGUAAAGCAAAAAAAAAAAACGAAGCAGCUGGGUGGGUUCUGUCUGGGCUUGGGGAGGUACCUGAAGGUGAAGAGGGAACCUGCCCAGCUGUUCUUCCCUGGGGGGAGUGGAAGUGGCACUAGCAGGAGCCCCUCUCAGCACCUGGCUGUCAAGUGUGCCUCCUUGGUGGCUGCCUUGCCACCCAGAGCUGGGAGAGGCCUGCAGGAUGGAGGGGAGGGGGGUGUAACCCCCACAAAGGCAGUGUGGACCCCGGGGUCAGCAGCCCCCUUCCCUCAUGCACAGACCAUAUCAGUUUGUGGGUCUUACCUCCCUGCCCCACCCACCCGCGCACUUACUCCACAAGCAAUAAUAGCUAAUAUUUAUUGACAUUUGCACCGUGCCAAGCGUUUCACUUGGAUCGUCCUGUUUGUCUCUCACAGCCAAUAUUUAUUCCCUGCUCUCCUGUGCCAGACACUGUGCUCUGGAGCAGGGGUGCUGCCCGUUGCCUCCCUGGUGGAGCUUCUGGUCCGGUGGGUGAGGCUGACCCAAGCCCACCCCUGAUGCCAGCGGGGCUUGGGCAAGUGUACAAAUGGAGGCCACAUCCGUCGAGAUACUGUAAACUUACAAAUCAGGCUAACAACGUUCAAUAAAAUACGUUUUGUUCUCCUA